AUGGGUGACCGAAGAAGUUUUAAUACUGCUAGCAUAGGUCCACACACAUUUAGUUGUGCCCAGCAUAAUGAAUAUUAUCGUCUGGAUUGUAAACUGAUUAAAAUCAGACCUACAAUCGGUUCUUUUGAUGAUGGAAAUAUGGCCGUACGUUUUCAUCAUUCUACUAAUGAAAUGAGCCUGUGUUUGAACGCAUUAAAAAAUGAGGUUUUCAUUCCGUACGAUCAGCUUACAGGAUUUAGAAUUGCAGAAUAUAAAGAACUAGAAGUCUCACUUUUACCCAACUUUAAAAGAAGGUAUUAUCAAAAUGGCAUUGAGGUAAGAGUGGAUCCAACUAAUGGUUUGUUAGAAAAGGCAGCAUCAUUGCUUAUUAUACCACGAAAGAAUGUCAACCUUGCAAAUUUGCUUAUGAUUGAAAACAUUAUUGGAAAAUACAGAAUUGAUAUAUCUUUAACAAACAACACAAUUCCCGGCGUUCAAGACGACUCUGCUAAUUUAAGUGAUGAGAUAUACGUGAAAUUUUUCAUGAAUGCAGAACGUGGAGGAGUCAUUGUACCACAAGGAAUUAGUCUUGAUAGAAUAAUACAGACCAUUGCAGAAAGAUUUCAUUUUAAUAUUAAUUCCAACCUGACAACGUAUAAAAAUGGGAAGGGCGUUAUUAUUGCUAUUAGAGAUGAAGAAGAUUGGAGAGUUGCUAAAUGGGAAUCAAGAUAUUCCAAAAAAGCUGGUGUGGAACUGCAUUUAAUUUGA